CACCUCCUCUGCUUACCAAGGAGGCUAGCACCUCCUCUGCUUACCAAGGGGUCGCUGGGUGGCUAAAACGUUCAAAAUCCACGCCACGUGCGUUCAGGGACACAAGUACUGAUGGCUAAACAGAAGAGAAAAUAAGACGAUUGUGAAUUUUCGUUACUAAAUAAGCUGAUUUUUAGUUUUUCUAGGGGCUCUGUUAUUUGUGACCACAAUGAAAAAUGUAGACAGUGAUGAUCUGAUAACUGGCACACUUCCCAAGUUCAAGAGCUCCAAAGAAUGGUUGGAUCCAAAGCCACUUUCUUUUAUGGAGGCCUUAGCUAAAGAAGAUACUGAUACAGCUAUUCAGUCAAUAUUAUACAGAGAAAAUUACAUAAUUAAGGGAAAUGCAUUUAUAGAACAUUAUGAUCCAAAAGAGUAUGAUCCUUUUUAUAUGAGCAAAAAGGACCCCAGUUUUCUGAAGGUUACCAUUCCACCAUUUCGUGACCCUUUGAAAAAAGCACAGUGUGACAAGGAUGAUGAAAAAAGAAUUCUUCUUCAGUGUGAGACUGGCAAAAUAUAUACAAUGAAAGAAUUUGAAGAAGUUGAGAAGGUUCAACUGCAUUCUAGAUUCCCAAGAAUUUCUAACUCAAGGCACUUUAUGACCCCAAAUGAGUGGCUUAAACUGCCUACAAGAUAUAUAGAAAGUGAAUUUUGUAAAAGGAGGAGGUUAAAAGUGAAGGUGGAUUUUAACAAUAGUAGUGUUGACUUGAAACCGUUGGAAAGAGCUCCUCAUCUUCCAGAAUGCCAGAAAGAAGAGAAAGCAGUUAUUUACAAAAACAAAAGGUCAUCCUUUCUGGAAAAAGAGUCUCCGUGUUAUCAGGAGGGAAAGACUCCACAUCCCAAAGAGGCCAACUCUGAAGGGCAGAUUUCUUCCUUGCCUCUCAACCAGGAGGUAGAACGGGAUGAAGACCAGGAUGCGGUAUUAGCUAGAGAAGACAUUGACGAAGCUGUGCAUGCAAUAUUAUUUCGAGAAAAUUAUAUUGUGAAGAGAUUGGAUACAUAUUUUCAGCAUCUGGAUAUUUUUAAGGAAAGAAGAAAAGAGAUGUUGCAUAAAAAAUGGGUGAAAAACGUUGCAGAGCCUCUCCAGCAGAGAAUUAUGGAGAAAGUAAUUGCAUAUAAAGGGUUUGAAAAAAUGAAACAAGAGAACUUUGAAUAUUAUUUAAAGCACACAAAUAAAACGGUUACAGUCCUGCCAUUUUUUGAUCCUCUGUUUCGGAGACAGCAAGAGGUGGAUGAAGAGAAGAGAGCUACUCUUCAGUAUGAGACAGGAAAACGAUAUUCCAUAAAAGAACUUAAGGAAAUCGAGAAGGCCAGGCUGCAGGCCAGAUUGCGCCAGUUCAUAUUCACUCUACGCAGCGUGAGUCCAAAAGCACGGCGUGAAGCCUCGGCCAGACUCACAAGGCCUGAAACCUGUGGUGGAAACAGCCCUGAAAAGCUCAUCUGUGCAGAAAAGAAACAUCAAAGGAAAGAGAAAGAGAAAAAGACAACCGACCUGAGUCAGGCCGUUUUUGAAAGGCAGUUUCGUUCCUCGAAGCUCAGCCAGAAGGACAGAGGGGACCAGAAGAAGGGGCUGGUCUUAGGAACCAGGCGGCAGAGGCCCCGCUCCUGGGCGGCGGGGGACAGCCGGCAGCGAUGGGGGCCGCAGCCUGUGGCCAGAAGAGUGAUGACGGCGGAGGUCCUGGGGAAGCACCUGGCGUCCCUGCAGAGGGCGGCCCGGCAGAGCCACCGCGCGGAAGGGCGCUCGGCCGGCUCGGGUUAGCCGCGUCUGGAUGACGACAAAAAUACUGCAGACAUGUGUUCUCUCUCGAGAAGUGGAAAUAAAGUGCAAGAAAUAUUCAAGUAA